AUGACUUAUUCUACCCGAAAUAAGAUAGGUCUUUCCGUACUCGUGAUAUCCUUUGUCGCAACAACGGUAGCGAUAUUAACACCAUUUUGGCUGCAAAACCGUGUAGACUCGACAUUUGCGAAAAUGGGAUUGUGGGUAAAAUGUGCACCUGGCGAAUAUCAGGAUGAGUACAGGAUAAAAUAUAAUAAAGCCGAAUUCUGGGAGGACGAAUGCAGUUGGAUCGUUUUACCAGUACAGUAUCCAUGGUUAUUUUUCGCAAUUCAAAUCUCGUACACGGGUUCUUGGAUUAUUCUGAUCUUCACUGGGGCGAAAUUGGCGUGGACAAUUCUCUGUUCGGGUAACAGGACUUAUGAAGCCAAACCGAUGCAAAGGACUGCUGUGUUUCUACUAUUUUCGGGUUUCCUCGGAGCGAUUGGAAUAGUUAUAUUCUUCACAAUGUGUGAAAGAUGGACUCCCAAAAGCAGGGAUAAUUUUAUUUCUUGGUCUUUUUGGUUGGGAACGCUAGGUGCGUUGGGACAAAUUGGAGCCAGUUUAAUUUUCAUGACCUAA